GUCAAUGAAGAAUGGCUAUCCCGUUGUUCGAUGCCGAGUCUGUGAGUCUUCGCACAUGCGCCGGUGGCUGCUCCCGAUUGAACGCCUCCUGGCCGCCCGACGAAUGCUCCUGUCGCCCCUCAACUCCGCCUAUGUGCUCCUCCUCUGAGGCGAGCUCCUCCUUCUCCACAUCUUCUCUGUGCUUCUGAUUGGGAACCGGGCGCAGCGGCACUUCGGCAGAUCCACCCGCGGCCGUCUGCCCCAACCCUGCUUGGCAGCUGGGCAGUGGGCGCUGCCAAGUGCGCGGCCGCCAGCCAGUGCUCAGUGCCCCGAGCGUCUACACUGCUGCUCAGGUCCCAGCGCCCUUGCAGCCCCGCCCCUACUGCACACAGCUCACGGGAGUCACGAUGGACAGAAGUUGGAUCAAUAGUAGGCUAUUUGGCAAGCCACAUCUGGACGGGGUCAGUGAGUUCAUGAAGCUUGUUUCAGAAAACUUUGGUGCGGAUCAACAGAUACUUUGUCCAUGCCGUAGGUGUUUGAAUCGGAUUAAUUUCUGGACAUAAAGGACAGGUGGAGGAUCACUUAUAUAUUUAUGGAAUGGCUAGCACGUACACUAGGUGGAUCUAUCAUGGAGAACCAAUGGAGGACACAAUGAUUGAAAAUACUGGCCAUCAGGAUGAACAGAUUGAUUUCACCGCGGAUGUUAAUUUGAAUGAGGUUGAAGAAGCCAACCCUAAUGAUAGAAUUCCUGAUAUGGUACGGGAGUUGUUCACAUCUGAAGAAGAAGGUCGAAGGAAAAAAUAAAUGUUUGCUAUACUAUUAGAAGAGAUGAAGCAAGAACUUUACCCUGGUGCAGCUUAUUCAAGAUUUUCUUUUGUGGUGAAAUUACUUCAUAUCAAGUCAUUUUAUCAAAUCAGUAAUAUUGCAUUUACUGCAUUUGUGAAGUUGCUCUAUUCCUACAUCUUACGAGGAAGCAAAGAAACUUAUUCGUGCUUUGGGACUUGGAUAUAAUACAAUCCACGUGUGCCCGAAUAAUUGUGUAUUGUUUCAGAAGAAUUAUGCAGCACACGAUGUGUGCCCAGUAUGUAGCCCAUCAAGAUGGAAAGAUAAAGAUGGAUGGAAAAAAAAAUCCUGAGAAAGUAUUGCGUCAUUUUCCAUUGAUUCCAAGGAUGAAAAGGAUGUUUGCUUCCAAAGAAAUAUCUGAAUUGGCACAAUGGCAUAAGUUGAAAAGAAAUGCAGUGGAGAAUGAGCUCAGCCACCCAACUGACGGUGAGGCAUGGAAAGCAUUUGAUACUAAAUAUGCUUGGUUUUCCCAAGAUGCAAGAAACAUUAGACUUGGCCUUGCUACAGAUGGUUUUAAUCCAUUUGGCAAAAUGAACUCGUACAAUAUGUGGCCUGUAUUUCUUAUCCCUUAGAACUUUCCGCCAUGGGAAUGUAUGGAGCAAUUGAACUUCAUCAUGGGCUUACUCAUCCCUGGUCCAUUAUGCCCUGGAAAGGACUUCGAUGUAUUUUUGGAGCCACACAUUGAAGAGUUGCUAGAUCUUUGGAAAGUUGUCCCUACUUUGGAUGCAUUGACUAACAAAUCUUUUGAUCUACAUGCUGCAGUUAUAUGGUGCAUUCUUGAUUAUCCAGCUUUGAGCACAUUGUCAGGUCGAGUCACAAGAGGCUAUUAUGUUUGUGUCCGUUGUGACAAAGAUCCUUGCUCUAGAAGAAUAAGGAAUAAGAUAUGCUAUAUUGGCCAUCGGCGCUUCCUUCCAAGGGACCAUCCAUGGAGGAAAAAGAAAUGGUUUGACGGAAAGGAUGAAGAACAUGACAAGCCAGAAGACUUUAGCAGUGAUGAGUUGAAGAAGCAAUUGGAGAGGGUCAUGGAUGUUAGACUUGGGAUGCAUCCUCAGAACAAAAAGAGGAAGAGGGGAGAAAAUGGUCAAUGUUGGAAGCUAAGGUCAUCGUUGUGGGAUUUGCCAUAUUGGUCGAGUUUGAAGUUGCGUCAUAAUCUUGAUGUUAUGCAUAUCGAGAAAAACAUAUGUGAGUACAUUGUUAGUACAUUUCUCGGCAUUGCUGGCAAGACAAAGGAUACCAUUAAUGGUAGGCUUGAUUUGGAAGAUAUGGGCAUAAGGAAAAACUUGCACUUGAAGCGUGAUGGAAAUUCAUAUAGUGUUCCACAUGCCCCCUAUGUAUUAAAUAAAACACAAAAACUUGCUUUUUGUGAAUUUUUUAGAAGUGUAAAAUUCCUAGAUGGAUAUGUAGCAACAUGUAUCAUUGUUGAUGGAUGUAACCUCCAAGGAUUGAAAACUCACCAUUGCCAUAUACUACUACAAAGGAUUUUACCCGCUGCUAUUCGAGGAAUCUUGCAUAAGGACAUAUAUGAAGCAAUUAGUGAAUUGGGUAACUUCUUUCAGAAAUUAUGUGCUAAGACUUUGAAGAUAGAUGUUUUGCAUAGAAUGAAAGAUGAAAUCCCAAUCAUUUUGUGCAAGCUGGAGAGAAUAUUUCCUCCUCCUUUCUUUGAUGUGAUGCUACACUUGGCUGUUCAUUUACCUGAUGAAGCAAUCCUAAGAGGUCCGGUACAAUAUGGAUGAAUGUACCUGUUGGAGGUAUGCCCUAGAGGCAAUCAUAGAGAUGAUGAUAUUCCAUUU